GAGGCUACCACCACCUGGUGGCGCCACUGCCCCCCACGUUCGCAUCACCCGCUCAGCCCGCUCUUUCGGGUACCUUUGUCCAAUUCCAUAAGGGCAGAGUUGGCAUCCAGUUCCUGUUCGCCAUAGCCAGCAUCUGCCAGGAAGGACUUAGUUGAGUUUGACGCCAUGACCUAAAGAGUUACUCGAACAGCCUAGUCAGAAAGAUUGCAAACUCUGCCACGGAGCCGCCAUCUUCUCCCGCCGCCUUCGUGCAGAUUUUUCCUCCGCGCGCUGUCAAGCCGUGUUACGCAUGCGCCCUGGUCACCCCACGGUUCGCCGGCGCCUCGGCGGCCCCCCGCGCAGGCGCUCAGGGCGCUCUCGGACUCUAGGUUCCCGCGGCUGGGAGAAAAGGAGGCGGGGAUCUGAGGGGGGAAGUGACUCUGAGGCGCCCGGACGCCGCGGCGAGAGCCAAUCAGAGAGCGUGACGUCAGUUUGGCGCGGAGUUUGGCGGCCGGGGCUUACAGUGGCGGGAGUUGGAGGCGAUAACGAGUCGUGUCGUGUGAGGAGCAAGCUGCAGCUUCUGCCGCACUUGGGGACAUCGCCACGGCUUUUCUCUUAGCCGAGCCUUUUCCUGCGGCCCAGAUGCUCUUCAGUUCGGUGCUCCGCCAGCCCCAGCUUGGCGUCCUGAGGAAUGGUUGGUCUUCACAAUACCCUCUCCAGUCCCUUCUAACUGGUUAUCAGUGCAACCUUAAUGAUGAGCAUACUUCUUAUGGAGAAACAGGAGUCCCAGUUCCUCCUUUUGGAUGUACCUUCUCCUCUGCUCCCAAUAUGGAGCAUAUACUAGCAGUUGCCAAUGAAGAAGGCUUCGUUAGAUUAUAUAACACAGAAUCACAAACUUGCAGAAAGAAGUGCUUCAAAGAAUGGAUGGCUCACUGGAAUGCUGUCUUUGACCUUGCGUGGGUCCCUGGUGAACUUAAACUUGUUACAGCAGCAGGUGAUCAAACAGCCAAAUUUUGGGAUGUAAAAGCUGGUGAGCUGAUUGGAACAUGCAAAGGUCAUCAGUGCAGCCUUAAGUCAGUUGCCUUUUCUAAAUUUGAGAGAGCUGUAUUCUGUACAGGUGGACGAGAUGGCAACAUUAUGGUGUGGGACACCAGGUGCAACAAAAAAGAUGGGUUUUACAGGCAAGUGAAUCAGAUUAGUGGAGCUCACAAUACCUCAGACAAACAAACCCCUUCAAAACCCAAAAAGAAGCAGAAUUCAAAAGGACUUGCUCCUUCUGUGGACUUCCAGCAGAGUGUUACUGUGGUCCUCUUUCAGGAUGAGAAUACAUUAGUCUCAGCAGGAGCUGUGGAUGGGAUAAUCAAAGUAUGGGAUUUGCGUAAGAAUUAUACUGCUUAUCGACAAGAACCCAUAGCAUCCAAGGCUUUCCUGUACCCAGGUAGCAGCACUCGGAAACUAGGAUACUCAAGUCUGAUUUUGGAUUCCACUGGUUCUACUUUGUUUGCUAACUGCACAGAUGAUAACAUCUAUAUGUUCAAUAUGACUGGAUUAAAGACUUCUCCAGUGGCCAUCUUCAAUGGACACCAGAACUCUACCUUUUAUGUAAAAUCCAGUCUUAGUCCAGAUGACCAGUUUUUAGUCAGUGGCUCAAGUGAUGAAGCUGCCUACAUCUGGAAGGUCUCCACACCAUGGCAUCCUCCUACUGUGCUCCUGGGCCAUUCGCAAGAGGUCACGUCUGUGUGCUGGUGUCCAUCCGACUUCACAAAGAUUGCUACCUGCUCUGAUGACAAUACACUAAAAAUCUGGCGCUUAAAUAGAAAUUUAGAGGAAAAACCAGGAGAUAAACCUUCCACAGUAGGUUGGGCCUCUCAGAAAAAAAAAGAGGCAAGAGCUGGCCUAGUAGCAGUAAUGAGUAGCCAGAGUACUCCUGCCAAAGCCCCCAGAGUAAAGAGCAGCCCGUCCAUUUCUUCCCCGUCAUCCGCAGCUUGUACUCCAAGCUGUGCUGGAGACCUCCCUCUUCCUUCAAAUACUCCCACUUUCUCUAUUAAAACCCCUCCUGCCAAGACCCGGUCUCCCAUCAACAGAAGAGGCUCCAUUUCUUCUGUCUCUCCCAAGCCACCCAUAUCUUUCAAGAUGUCAAUUAGAAACUGGGUCACCCGAACACCUUCUUCAUCACCACCCAUCACUCCACCUGCUUCUGAGACCAAGCUCACAUCUCCAAGAAAAGCUCUUAUUCCUGUGAGCCAGAAGUCAUCCCAAGCAGAGGCUUGCUCUGAGUCUAGAAAUAGAGUAAAGAGGAGGCUAGACUCAAGCUGUCUGGAAAGUGUGAAACAAAAGUGUGUGAAGAGUUGCAACUGUGUAACUGAGCUUGAUGGCCAAGUUGAAAAUCUUCAUUUGGAUCUGUGCUGCCUUGUUGGUAACCAGGAAGACCUUAGUAAGGACUCUCUGGGUCCUACCAAAUCAAGCAAGAUUGAAGGAGCUAGUUCAAGUAUCUCAGAGCCUCCUUCUCCUGUUAGUCCUUAUGCUUCAGAAAGCUGUGGAACGCUACCUCUUCCUUUGAGACCUUGUGGAGAAGGGUCUGAAGUGGUAGGCAAAGAAAAUAGCUCCCCGGAGAAUAAAAACUGGUUGUUGGCCAUGGCAGCCAAACGGAAGGCUGAGAAUUCAUCUCCACGAAGUCCAUCAUCCCAGACACCCAAUUCCAGGAGACAGGGUGGAAAGACGUCACCAGGCUCGGUCACCAUUACUCCCAACUCCAUGAGGAAGAUCUGUACAUACUUCCGUAGAAAGUCUCCGGAUGACUUCUGUAGUCCUGAACAUUCAACAGAAUUAUAGAUUCUAACCUGAAUGAGUUAACUGAACUUUGGUCCACUAAAACAAUAUGAAAAAAUACAAGAAAGACUCUAUAACUCUGGUCUUUAAGAAAGCUGGCAUCUUUUCAUUUUUAGAGAAAAUCAUUUCAACUCUGAAAUGCACCUACUCUGGUUAUACUACCCUAGUGUAUGUGCAUCUUUCUCAGGAUGAAUGCUGUGUUUAAAUUUCAUAAAGUGAAUUUUUCACUCUAACAUUUUGAGUGAAUAGUCUCCACUUUUUAAAUUAUGCAUCAUCUCUAUAAUAAUGACAUCCCAGCCCAUGGAGGCAAAAACAAGUCGUGUCUCCUGUUAUCCUGAAAUUUUCUGUGCUCAUUGGAAAGUAUCUGCCAGCCACAGGAUAAGACCUGCCUGCAAAGGCUGACUGCUGAAGAAAUCCUCUGCUGAAGACCCUAGUUCUAUUCUGCCUCAAACAAGUGUAAUUUUAUUUUAAAUAUAUCAUAUUUUCACUACACUUCUGUAGGUUUUUUUGUAAGCAUGUGUCAAAAUGUGAUGUUCAUAUAAGUACAUAUAUAUCAGUUCAGUGUUAAAAUACAGUCUCAAGCUAAAGUCAUCUUUAUUUUAAAUGCAGUGAUAAAAUAUCAACUCUUUGGAGAAACUAGGAGAACAACAAUAGAAAGCUGUAUUCAUCUUUUUUUCGCUCAAAUAUACUUCCCAUAUGAUAUUUAAGGUUUCCAUAUUUUUACCAAACAAUCUACAUUGCCAGCCCAACAUCACUUUCUACAGGAAGGUAUGAUUUUUGCUAUUUACUAAAGGAAGAUGUUUUAUAAAAUCAGUAGUCAUAUGCUGAAACUGGGGUUUAAAUUCAGGUGUGGUACUCGGUUCUCUAGGGACUUCAGUGUUUUAAAAAAUAAGUAAUCACAUUUUAAGAAAAAAGUAAUACUUUCAUAUUGAUAUUUUUAUUAAAGAAGACAGCUCUUAACUGAAAAUCUGGAACCUGGAAAAUAAAUCUUGGCUUUCUCUUCACGUACACAAAAAGCAAUAGUCUUCUAGUAUGACCCUAAACCAAAAAGUAAUGGAAUUUUCUCUAUAUAUUCAAUACUGAGAGUAUAUAGACUGACUCUAAAUAAAUAAUGUGCAAAAUAUCUUAAACAUCUCUCCCUUGAUCGAUAAUUAUGUAUUGAUUAUCUUAAAAUGAACCAUUGUUUUAUAUUUUUCACUUUUGUAACCUCAUGGAAAAGAAGCUUUAUGACUUAGAAGGGAGUCCCUUUCCAAUCAUGAAACUUGAUUUUAAUCCGUAUCCCUGAGGACUGUAGACUUUAUUUUUGUCAUAACUUUAUUUUUGUCAUGAUUUAAAAAUCUAUUCUUAAUGAAAACUCCUUAAUUCCUUUGAUCUUAUAAUUAAGCUGUAACAACCAAAACUGCAUAGGUUCUCCAUGGUUUUGUCUAAGGAAGCCUUAGAAUUGCUGUGGUCAAAACCAAGCACACCAUAACCUUAACUGAAUAUUUAGGAAGUCUCCUUACAUUUGGUGUUUGAUUUUUUUAGUGUUAGGCUGUGGGAAGGUGUUUGUUAUGACCAAUACCUGCCAAUAAUGCUGUCAACCUCUCUUGCUUUGAAAGCCAAUGGGGGGGGAAAUGCAUGGAAAAGAAAAAGAUCAAUAAAGUAAAUGAUCUUGUUUGUGUCCCUGCACAUCUCCUGGCAGCACUACUGAGUGAAAUUGGGGUAAAUGUGGCUGUCAGAAACUGUGCUGAGAGUCUACUGGGUGUAACAUGUCCCACUUGGAAAAGUAGUACUUUAAAUGGGUGCCAAAGGUCAAAUGUAAUGAGAUAAUAAUUAUCCCUGCCUGUGUCAGUGUCAGACUUUGAGCCAAUCCUGAAUAAUAAAGGCUUUUACCUUAUCUGAUGUUCCUUUCUGAGCUUUUUGCAUUAACCUAGAAGCAGUGUACACAAAAGAACUUUAGUAGUAAUCAAGAAUCCCUGCUACUUGUUCAUUGAAUAAAAUUUGUUUAUUCUCAAGGUUAUAAUCUAGUUCAAGCUGAAAGAGGAUUUAAUAAACUAUGUCUUGCUUG